AUGGACAAGUCCCUCCUAUUGCUUUCUUUACUAUUCUUUCAGCUAUUUCUCUCAGCUUCUUCUUCUUCCUCCUCUAAAUGCCCCAUGGAUCUCAGCUACGUCAAUACAUUUCCAUGGGACACUUCUUUAUGCCGAGGAACCGUUCACAAAGAUUGCUGUCAGACUCUUUUGAGUCUUUUCGGUAUGGGAAUGGCACAACACCUUAGAGACACUUCCAACUUUCAACUUUCAGAUGCAAACACUUCAUCUUCUUGCUUAUCAGAUUUUGAGUCUCGCCUCUCUGAUUUAUCAGUUAGUCCAUCUUUAGUUAAUCAGUGCUUUAAGAACUCGACCCAGUUCGUGGUCAACCCUUUGGGCUGCGCUGGAAUCACCACAGCUAAAGAUUGGAUCGAGAAGGCCGGUGAAACGACGCCGUUGGACCAAUCUUGCAAAAGGGACCUAACGGGUUUAACUAGAUGUAGUUCCUGUGUUGAUGCCGGAAUGAAGGUGAAUUCAAAGCUUACAGCUUUGGACCCAAAUGGAACCAAGUGUUUUUACUUGACUGUGUUAUAUGCAGCUGGAAUUGUCAGUGAGUUGGGUCCUAAGGAUCCCAGUACAGCUACUUGUAUUCUGGGCUUGCCCUUAUCAAGCUCAGCUACUAGAAAUUCAUCUGACCAAAUAAGCAAGAAAAGCUUAUCGAAAAUCAUUGGAGGGUGUUUGGGAGUUAUCAUUGGUGUCUUACUUGCUGGUGUGUUAAUCAUCUUGUACAGAAGAUGGGAUGGGAAGAGAAAGAAAAAUGCCCAUCAUGAAGAAUUUGUCAGCAGUUUCAGGGAAACUGUUUUGCCUAACUCGGGAGCUAAAUGGUUUCGAUUAUCUGAACUUGAAAAGGCCACAAAUGGGUUUUCUCAACGGAACAUGAUCGGCCAAGGUUCGUACGGUAUUGUAUACAAAGGAACAAUAUCAGAUACCACUCCAGUUGCUGUAAAGCAAAUUUUGGAUUUGGAAUCGAAAGGAGACGAAGAGUUUUGUAACGAAGUAGAGAUCAUUAGCAAAAUACGACACAGAAAUCUUCUUUCACUUCGAGGUUGUUGUGUCACAAGCGAUGAUGUAAACGGUAGAAGAAGGUACUUGGUUUACGACUUCAUGCCUAAUGGUAGUCUAAGUGACCAUUUAUCGAGCACGUGGGGAUCAACAAACAAAGAGAGCAAACUAACUUGGCCUCAGCGGAAGAGUAUAAUCCUCGACGUGGCUAAAGGGCUUGCUUAUUUACAUUACGGAAUCAAACCAGCAAUUUAUCACAGAGACAUAAAGGCCACAAACAUUCUUUUAGACUCAAAUAUGAAAGCAAAAGUUGCAGAUUUCGGGUUAGCGAGGCAGAACAAAGAAGGCCAAUCUCACCUCACCACAAGGGUUGCUGGCACACAUGGCUACUUAGCCCCAGAAUACGCUCUCUACGGUCAAUUGACAGAGAAAAGCGACGUUUACAGCUUUGGAAUAGUGAUUCUUGAAGUUAUGAGCGGAAAGAAAGCUAUAGACACAUCAAACCCAUCAGUGAUUUUGAUUACAGACUGGGCUUGGUCGAUUUUAAAAUCAGGGAAUGUGGAGGAAGUUUUCGAGGAAUCGAUAAGGACGAAUGGCCCUAAAGGGAUUAUGGAGAGGUUUGUUCGUGUUGGAAUUCUCUGUUCUCAUGUUAUGGUGGCCCUUAGACCCACCAUUAACGAAGCUCUGAGGAUGUUGGAAGGUGAUAUUGAUAUUCCUAAACUACCAGAAAGGCCAUUGCCACUCAGUCACGAGUCUUAUAGAUCUUCUUUUGGGUUUACUUCAAUAACGUCAACUGCUUCGAGCACCAGAUCGGCUAUAUAAAAAAGUUCGGAUCUAGUUGACAUAGCUCUUUAAAAUUUCUGAUAUGUUACUAACUAUUUUUUUGUAACUGUUCAAAGAGAUAGAGAAAUCGAUUACAUAUAUAUAGGUCAAUUCUUUAGUCUGCUUUCUAUAAAUCAAUAAAACUAGUAAUCAUCUUCUAA